AUUGAGUACUUUAUUUACGUAGAUUACAAUAUAUACUGGCUUACACAUUUAUAUACAAUAGCUUACAAUACAGCAAAAUUAUAGAUGAAUUUACAUAAUACAAACUAAGAAAAUAAUUAUUGAACUGUAUAUGAUAUGAAAAAGCAAUUUGGAAUAACUAUAGAUACUGUAAUUUUGUUAUGCAUCUACAUAAAUUGGCGGAGCUUUGGAUUUAUCAAUGUCCAUUCUGAGAGAGAGAGAUACAGAAAAUUCAAUUGAAUUUUCAUUUCCACAAAUAAUAUAGGCCUACAUAUUCAAUAAUUUUGUUACACAAACAAAACUAAUCAAGGAAAUAUAUAAUAUUUGCCUACAUAAGACUAUCAAUCCGUGCGUGGGAAAGAAUUCUUAUCCUGAAAAGCCUUGGGAAAACAAAAAAUUAAUAAAUAGAAUUCAGUUAUUGAUUAACUUAUAAAUUUUAGCGUAAAAAAUAACUUAAAAUAAGCGACAAUAAUCUUAAAUGAAAAAAGCAAAUCGAAUUUAUCACAACUAACAGACCGGUGCGUGCCGUAUAAGGUCAAAAGAGCACCUACUGAAAUCCAAAUUUGUAAUAAUAAAAAAUUAGCCACACACUAUAAAAUUCGAUCGUCCUCUUUUGUAUUUCGAUAGUAUUAAAAAGAUCAAACAUCAAAACCAAAAUGUUGAGACUCGAAGUUAUCGAUAUACUGUUAUCGUCUGUACAAAAUUCACCUUGAUGUAUUGUUGAAAUCGGUUUUGUCAGAUAGAUAAAAGGGAGGGAGGCUUUCAAGGCCUUCAAGGCAGUCACCCUACUAAACAGAACAGUUUGCAGGUGCGCAGCGUGCAGUCGCAGUGUGCUCAGUAGAUAGGAAACGCUUGAUGUGUUCUAUUCCUCAAAGAAAAGUUGUUUAAAGCAUUAAGCAAUACUUCUUUUUUAUUGUGUCUGUCACAAAUUCAGAUAGAGUCUUAUUCAAGCUCAGUGCACUGUCACGUUACAGCCAAUAAUCUUCACGCGUUUUUGCCUUGAAAUAUUUUCAUGCAUAUAAAACCCAACAACAGUUUUUUUUACAUUAUAAAAUUCCUUGAUAACAAAAUCUUCACUUGUUUCUUGCGUCAAUAGCAUUAUCAGCAACUGUGACAACUACUGUCGGAAGUCAUUUUAUUUUUUUGUUGAAUACUACGGUAAUUAAGUAGAAUAAACAUUUGAUAAGACACUUCUUAGUCUAUAAGUUAAUCAAUCUCAAUUUAAUUAUUCAAUUAAAAUUGUACAUAUUUCACGUUUAUCGGAAAAAUUCCUUAAAAUCUGGUUUAUUCUUGUCAGAUACGGUACUUAUAUUCAAUUUAUAUUGUCUCAUUUAGCUUCCGUUUGAUUACCGUAGGCUACUCAUAUUUUCAAUUUGAUGGAAUUAGCUUUUCAGUAGGUGAAAAAUUCCAUUUUUCAAAACUUCAACUCUAUCUUGAAAAAUGCAAGCCUUGCAAUUUGAUCCAACGGCAAAAAAAUUGAGUCUCAUCAACUCAAAGUCAAUACCUGUUAUAAGUGAACCGGAUGAUGUUAUUGUAAAAAUCGCUUUUUCUGGUGUCUGUGGGACUGAUUUGCAUGUCUUUGAGGGUAAAUUUCCUUCAAGCAAAGAGCCGUUCAUCCCGGGUCACGAGUCGUGUGGAACGGUGUUCGCCAUUGGUGAAGGAGUGAACAAUCUGAAGGUGGGAGAUAGAGUUGCUAUCGACCCACAAAGGGUGUGCAAUUCGUGUGAGUUUUGCCGGAAAGGUAGCUAUCAGGUGUGCCCCAAUAAUUUGCCCACUGGCCUAUUUUCCGAUGGUGGAUGGGCUGAAUUCUGCAAGGUAUCACAGAAGCAAGUUUAUAUUCUCCCUCCUGGAUUGCCUUUGGAAAAUGCAAUGCUUUGCGAGCCGCUGUCUUGCAUUUGUCAUGGACUGAAUCGAAUCUCGCCGAUACCCAUUGGCAGUAGAAUACUUGUCAACGGAGCCGGCAUAAUUGGAAAUUUGUUCUGUUCUGCACUGCACUACACUGGGCACAGGAGUGUUUAUGUUUCUGAGCCCAAUGCUGCUCGUCAAGAGUUGAAUAAGAAAACUGGUGAGUAUAAGUCAAAGCCAUAUCAGAUUUUAUUAAUCCACUUAUGAAUUAUAUCAGAAUGUAUAUAAUAUCAACUUUGUAAGCUGUCAAU